AUGUCGCAACCAACUCAUAAUCGCGUCUUCAACCAUGUUGCCAUCUCGGUUCCCGACUGCAAGGCAGCAUCAGAGUGGUACAAUAAGGUAUUCGGUUUUCAGUUAGUCGGCAAUCAAAUCCACCAUAUCGCGCGCAGCGAACGACCAAACGAUCCCAUCUUUAGCAUUUACCCUGCAUCCCUAAACGAAGUCAACAUGGCCUACAUGACCACUGGUAACGGCAUCGGUUUCGAGAUCUUCGAGUUCUGCGACCCGAAAACAUAUGUACCGGACACAGCGUUCGAAUAUCAUCGAGGGGGCUUCUUCCAUGUCUGUGUGACUGAUUCAGACCCGGACUCUCUCGCUACUAGGAUGGUCCACGCGGGAGGGAAGAGGAUCGGGUCCACUGUACACCCGGUCAGAGACGUUAUCUGUCUGUAUGCAUCUGAUCCAUGGGAGAAUGUGGUGGAGAUACUCGAUGCUAGCUUCGACCGGAUGGCGACCCUGGCGUCAGCUGGGAAGAGAUGA